UUGGCGAGAGGAAGUUAGAAAGAUGAGUACCGUUACGUGUAUAGCACCUGUCAAUAUUGCUGUUAUAAAAUAUUGGGGUAAAAGAGAUGAGACAUUGAUUUUGCCAGCAAAUGAUUCUAUUAGUGCUAGUUUAGAUACUGACCAGCUAUGUGCAAAGACUACUGUAAUGGCUAGUCCAAAUUUCAAGGAAGACCAAAUAUGGCUAAAUGGACAGAAGGAAGAUAUCAGGAAUCCUAGAUUACAGAAUUGUUUAGCAGAAUUUAGGAAAAGGGCAGGAAAUGUUACUCAAAUAGGUCAAUGGAAAGUUCAUAUUUGUUCAGAAAAUAAUUUUCCAACUGCAGCUGGGCUAGCUUCUAGUGCAGCAGGUUAUGCCUGUCUUAUAGCAAGUCUAGCUAAUUUGUAUGAGAUAAAGGGUGAUAUUAGUUCAAUAGCCCGAGUCGGCUCUGGAUCAGCAUGUCGCAGUGUUCUGGGAGGUUUUGUAAAAUGGUCUAUGGGUUCCCUAUCAGAUGGAACUGAUAGUAUAGCAAAGCAAAUUGCACCUCCUACCCAUUGGCCAGAAAUGAGAGUUUUAAUAUUAGUUGUAAAUGAUGCAAAGAAAAAAUUUCCUAGUUCAGUUGGAAUGAAAAGAACUAUGGAAACAUCUGAUCUUCUAAAACAUAGGAUAAAACAUGUUGUUCCUGAAAGAGUGAAUAAAAUGGAACGGGCAAUUAUGGAAAAAGAUUUUAAAACAUUUGCUGAACAUACAAUGAAAGAUUCUAAUCAAAUGCAUGCUGUAUGCUUAGAUUCAUAUCCACCAUUUACUUAUAUGAAUGAGAUCUCACAUGUACUUGUUGAUCUUGUUCAUUUGUACAAUGAAGCUGUCAAUGAUACAAAGGUUGCAUAUACCUUUGAUGCAGGGCCAAAUGCAACUCUGUACCUUUUGGAAGAAAAUACACCAGAAUUUAUGGGAGUACUAGAUUAUUUCUUUCCACCAUUAGAAGAUACUUUAGUAGAAUACAAAAAAGGAUUACCCAUUGAAGCAGCUAAACCUUCAAAAAGCCUGUUAAAUAAGAUUAAUGCAAAACAACAAAGUCCAGGACGUUUUAAAUAUAUUAUUUAUACUCAAAUUGGAGAUGGUCCUAAGGUUUUAGAAGAUUCCAAAAAUCACCUUCUAAAUAAAGAAGGAUUGCCUAUCAAGCAGACCUAA